AUGACAGAUUCAAGGUUUGCAUUAUCGGAUGAUUCUCCUCAUUUACAUCAAGAACAAGAACAACAUGAUGAUUAUGCAGUUGCAUAUGAUAAUAAUCAACAACAACAACAUUCAUCCUUACCUCUACCAUCAUCAUUUGCACAACAAUAUGAUGAUGAUAUUAAUACUACUAAUCAUCAUACUCCUAAUAAUAACAAUAACACUGAUGAUAAUGUAAAUGAUGUAAAUGAUGAUGAUAAUAAAUUUGGUGAAUUUCUUGAUAUUCAAAUGAAAAGAAAAAGAGAAAAUGAUAAAAUAUCUAAAAAGGAUAAAAUAUCAAUAUGGAUGAUUGGAUUAAAUACAUUUUUUAUAUCAGUUGCAACUAUAUUAGGUACAGGUAUAUUAGGUUUACCUGUUAAAUUAUAUAGAACUGGUUUUUGGCCUUUUUUUACUACUUUUAUCAUUUGUUUUAUUAUGCAAGCAAUGAUUAUCAUUUAUUUAACUGAUAUUUUACAAAAAACUGAAUUUAUUAUGAAAUUACAAUAUUUUAAUAAUUUAAAAAAUACAAAUAAUAAUAAUAAUAUUGAAAAUAAUAGUAUUGAAAAUAAUAGUAUUGAAAAUAAUAAUAUUGAAAAUAAUAAUUUAGAAAAUAAUAAUAAUAUUGAAAAUAAUUUAGAAGAAAUUGAAAUGAUAGAAGAACAAGUAAAUGAAAAUCAAAUAGAAGAUAUUGUAAAUGAUAAUAAUAAUCAAAUUAAUAAUCAAAUUAAUAAUGAAAAUAAUAAUACUAUAAUAAUUGAACAAGAAGAACCUGUUUUUGAUCCUGAUUUACAUAUAAUAUUAGGAGAUAAAUAUAUUUCACAUGUCAUUUCAUUUGCUACUUUAUUUAAAGGUACUUUAUUAUUAAUUAUGGUUGGUCUUGUUGGAUUUAUUAGUAAUUUAACUAAUUUGGAAUUUGUUGAUAAAUUUCAAUAUAUUGGUCAUCCUUUCUUAAUUGGAACUGUUAGUUUAGGUGGUGUUAUGAAUACUUUACCUGUUAUACAUCAAACACAAAUUAAAAAAUCACAUCAAAAUGAUCAAGAAGAUGAAGAAUAUACAGAAGAGUAA